UACGGAGAGAAGAAAAGUACUCUUGUCUGUAGCUGAUCAGGGUGCAAUAGUUUCGGUACCCAUCAAGUGGAAAGUUUGCUCAAGUUUAAUUUUUCUGUCAGCAUUGUGUAAGCUGAACCAACUGAGACAUCUAUGAUGUUGGAUAUUGUAUUAGUCCAUUCUCGCACUGCUAUAAAGAACUACAUGAGGUCAGGUGAGGUGACGCCUGUAAUCCCAGCACUUUGGGAGGCCAAGGCAGGUGGAUCACCUGAGAUCAGGAGUUCGAGACAAACCUGGUCAACAUGGUGAAACCCUGUAUCUACUAAAAAUACAAAAAUUUGCUGGGCAUGGUGGCAAAUGCCUGUAAUCCCAGCUACUCAUGAGGCUGAGGCAGGAGAAUCACUGGAACCUGGGAGGCAGAGCUUGCAGUGAACCGAGGUAGCACCACUGCACUCCAGUCUGCGUGACGAGUGGAACUCUGUCCCCCCAAAAAAACAAUUACCUGAGAGUGGGUAUUGUAUAAAGAAAAGAAGCUUGACUCACAGUUCCACAGGCUCUACAGGAAGCAUGGCUGGGAGCCUCAGGAAACUUAAAAUCAUGGCAGAAGGGGAAGAAAGCACAUCUUCACAUGGCCAUCAGGAAACAGCAAGUGAAGAGGGAGGUGCUACACACUUUCAAACAACCAGAUCUCGUGAGAACUCUAUCAUGGGACAACACUAGAGCAAUGGUGCUAAACUAUCAGAAACCAUGCACAUGAUCCAAUCACCUCCCUCCAUGUCCCUCCUCCAACACUUCCUCUCAUUACACUUCUGCAUGAGAUUUGGGUGGGGACACAGAGCCAAACCAUAUCAGAUAUUGUCUGUGCUAUAAUCGCUGGUUCUCUUCAAUGAGGGCACAAACAAGAUUAAUUUUUUCUUCACAGAUUGCUGUGAAUGGUCUGCUGCUGUGGGCUUCAUCUUCAACAUUGUCUCAUCUCUUAAAAUGAGUUAUCCAUUUGUAAACUGCAGAUCUCCUUGGGCUAUUGUCCCCAUAACCUUUAUGUGAAGCAUCAAUGAUUUCACCAUUCUUCCACCCAAACCUCACCAUAAAUUUGAUGUGUGUUCUUGCUUCAAUUUUAGCAGAAUUUAUGUUCCUCUGAUAAAAGAACUCUUUUCUAAAUGUCUUAUCUUAGUUAGUGUCCCUCACUAGAUCCUGUUCAGACAGGUUAUAAAAAGUUAAUUUAUUCUGGUGCAAAAAAAAUUUGAAAUUCGUACACACUUUUUUAUAAUACAUAUUUUCCAUGAAAAUUUAGAAGAACCCUUAUAUAGAUGAAUGAUAGAUUAUCAAAGUUUUCCUAGAUUUGUCAGGCUUUAUUCUUCACGGUUUUCAAAUGAAAGGGCCUGGAGAAACUGAAGAACUAAAAGGGUUGCAGAAAGAGUCCUGAGGGGAAAGAAAAAUUGAUAUACUCACAUCUUCGACCUGGGCAACAAAAGUUAUGAGUCAAGAUAUUUGGUCACAUAACUAAAGAUAACUUAGGUUUUAUGACAUUUUUGUUUUUUGUUUUGUUUUUGUCAUUUAAAAUAGGGAAGUUUUAACUGAAAUAUCAGUGAACAGUCCCAUUCCCUAUCCUCACCAUUGGUACAGUGGAUCUUGUUUUUCUUAAUGUGGUACAUAUUGAUAAAAUUUAUGAUACCUAAGGUCUAUUGCAUUUGAAAGAUUAACCAACAUAAAUGGUAUACUUUUAAAAAAAACUCGUUAAAAUAACAAAAAUGAUUUCACAUUUUUGAGGAACAAAUGAUCUAAAAUACUUAAUACAAAUUGGCAUUACCUUGAGCACGUUGCGUCAUGAUUACAUGAAAGAGCUGCUGAAAUGGUCAUGUGUUUAGAGACUACUACGUCUGUAGGCUUAAUAGUAAACGUUUUGUUGGUUGGUUGGUUAGUUGGUUUGCUGCUUAGCAUCAGGACACCCACCCCUUGUGUGGGAAAUAUACGAUUGUGUGAGUCUAUGGGUUGAAACCCAAAAAGCCUGAUGCUUUUUCUCAUUCCUGGCAACCGAGGGAUAUGACCAAAUUGGGUCAAUUGAAUGCCCUUGCCCCUAACUGUGAACAGAGAGUAGUGUUACAAAUAAGGAAUAAGAGAUUAGAAUCAAUGCCAGUGUGUUUCCAUUGCCCCAUUGUGUCAGGGUCCGAGUGUCCAGUAGCUAUGGUCCCUUAAUCAGCCUGUACCUUUGGCCGUGGCACCAGCUACCUACUUUCCCUAUGUUCCCAAGUUAUCUGGUUAUUUUCCUACUUAGGUAUACAAAAAACAGGGUCAGUUUUUGCUUGACAGAUUCAAUCAUCCUUCAGAGACGUAGGAAAACUAUUAGUAGCCAAGGGAUGCUGCCAAGGCCAGUCAGUGUCUGGGCUCUGCAGUUUUCUAACUUGUGAUAUUGGGUCACCCCACUAAGCUCCAGGAGAGCAGUGACUGCAUCUGGCUUAAUCAUUAUGGGAUGGCCAGCUCCCAACUCCAUGCCCUAGGCAAAGAGACAUUCAGUGAAUAUUUAUUUGACUUUGACUCGAUUGAACAAAAUAGUAACACUGAACUCUAGGUUUCCUCAGUAUCUGUUACAGAUAUCUUGAUCCUGACUGCUUUUAAUUUUUUUUUUUUUAGCAAGAAAGAACUAACGAAGAUUACACUAAGCUUUAAAUUCAAGUAAAUAGGAGGCUGUUUUUUUUUGUUUUUGCAUAAGCAGAAAUGAGGAAAUUAAGAGGAAGAGAUUAGAUUUCUGUUGUGAUAAAUCGAAUCUGCUAAAUGCCAUGACUUUUUAAUUGUCUUAAUCACAAGUUAAACCGGUUGUGUUGCUGCCUAGAUGGCUACAUAUUUGUUUAAAAGUACAGCAGUCCCUCCUACUGGACUUUGAUCCUACAAAAACAACUGUUAAACUCACCCUCAGACUGUCACUGGAACACCUGCAUGAAGAAUGUUCUUUCAUUUUUUAAAAACGAUUUUGCAUAUAUGAUUUAUUUCAGCUUUCAAAAUGAUUAGAAAACUUUUUAUUCUACUUUUGUUGCUUGUGACUAUAGAAGAAGCAAGGAUGUCAUCGCUCAGUUUUCUGAAUAUAGAGAAGACUGAAAUACUAUUUUUCACAAAGACUGAAGAAACCAUCAUUGUAAAUUCAAGCUACGAAAAUAAACGGCCUAAUUCCAGCCACCUCUUUGUGAAAAUAGAAGAUCCUAAAAUACUACAAAUGGUGAAUGUGGCCAAGAAGAUCUCAUCAGAUGCUACAAACUUUACCAUAAAUCUGGUGACUGAUGAAGAAGGGGAAACAAAUGUGACUAUUCAACUCUGGGAUUCUGAAGGUAGGCAAGAAAGACUCAUUGAAGAAAUCAAGAAUGUGAAAGUCAAAGUACUCAAACAAAAAGACAGUCUUCUCCAGGCACCAAUGCAUAUUGAUAGAAAUAUCCUAAUGCUUAUUUUACCACUAAUACUAUUGAAUAAGUGUGCAUUUGGUUGCAAGAUUGAAUUACAGGUGUUUCAAACAGUAUGGAAGAGACCUUUGCCAGUAAUUCUUGGGGCAGUUACACAGUUUUUUCUGAUGCCAUUUUGUGGAUUUCUUUUGUCUCAGAUUGUGGCAUUGCCUGAGGCUCAAGCUUUUGGAGUUGUAAUGACCUGCACGUGCCCAGGAGGGGGUGGGGGCUAUCUCUUUGCUCUGCUUCUAGACGGAGAUUUCACAUUGGCCAUUUUGAUGACUUGCACAUCAACAUUAUUGGCUCUGAUCAUGAUGCCUGUCAAUUCUUAUAUAUACAGUAGGAUAUUAGGGUUGUCAGGUACAUUCCAUAUUCCUGUUUCUAAAAUUGUGUCAACACUCCUUUUCAUACUUGUACCAGUAUCAAUUGGAAUAAUCAUCAAGAGUAGAAUACCCGAAAAAGCAAGCUUCUUAGAGAGAAUAAUUAGACCUCUGAGUUUUAUUUUAAUGUUCGUAGGAAUUUAUUUGACUUUCACAGUGGGAUUAAUAUUCUUAAAAACAGAUAACCUAGAGGUGAUUCUGUUGGGUCUCUUAGUUCCUGCUUUGGGUUUGUUGUUUGGGUACUCCUUUGCUAAAGUUUGUAUGCUGCCUCUUCCUGUUUGUAAAACUGUUGCCAUUGAAAGUGGGAUGUUAAAUAGUUUCUUAGCCCUUGCCAUUAUUCAGCUGUCUUUUCCACAGUCCAAGGCCAAUUUAGCUUCUGUGGCUCCUUUUACAGUAGCCAUGUGUUCUGGAUGUGAAAUGUUACUGAUUAUUCUAGUUUACAAGGCUAAGAAAAGAUGUAUCUUUUUCUUACAAGAUAAAAGGAAAAGAAACUCCCUAAUCUAACAAUUAAAGCAUUACUGAAUUCCUACUCUGGGUAGGGCAUUGUGGGAGAGUAAAAGAAUAACUAUAAUGAUACCUGCUCUUAAGCCACUUAUAAUCUAAUUAAAAAUCUGACAUUGGGGGGUAGAGAAUACAUAUAUAUAUACAUACACACACACAUAUUCAUACAUGCUAAGUACUCGAUGAGUGGUGGAGAUGAUAAUACAGAAGUUCAGAGGAAGGAGACAACUUUGCAACUGUGUUGGUUUGAGAAUGUUUUAUAGGCUAUGAUGUCAAUAUGAUACUUUCAGUGGUCUCCUAAAUGAGACCACUUAUUAGUGAUUAUGCAAUAGAAAACUUAUUUAGUGAUUAUGAUAUAUCCUAAGUAUUAAAAGAAGGAACACCCAUAUAGCAGACAUUUGAUAAAUUCUCACUCAGUGAAUGAAUUUGUAAAUUUCAUUAGCACAUCAAAAUAAGUAUGUUUUAAAGUAAAUGUGGCAUCUCUGCCCUCAGAGCUAAGCUUUCUCCUGUCCUCCGUGUUAACCCACCAAAGGCAUUACUGUUUACCCCGCAACAGAGGGUCAGCUCUUCGACCUCAUCUCUCUUCUGUCUUCUUUCUUUCUUUAUAGUGAAUGUAUUUCCUACAGAAACAGCCUAUAAUUCAAUUGCCAGUGCUCUUCUCAAUUCUCAGUGCUAUCACUUUUUUUCUGCACUAUAUUGCUUCUUCCCUAAACCUUUCUAAAUUGGCUUCUGGCCUGUCUCUCCACCCUCUACUCACUGUCAGAUUAAUUUUCCUAAAAUCUAACAUUGACCAUAUAAUUUCCCAGCAAUGAAGACUUUUUGCUUUUUAAAUGAAUUUGUAUUUCUUAAUGAGGCAUUUAUUAUACUCUACUGUCUGAUCUUAACCUAGCUUCCCAGUUUUAUUUAUUAUUAUUAUUAUUUUUUUUUUUUUGAGGAGGAGGAGUCUCACUUUGUCACACAGUCUGGAGUGCAGUGAUGCGAUCUCGGCUCACUGCAACCUCCGCCUCCCAGGUUCAAGUGAUUCUCCUGCCUCAGCCUCACCAGUAGCUGGGAUUACAGGCACCUGCCACCAUGCCCAGCUAAUUUUUGUAUUUUUAGUAGAAACGGGGUUUCACCGUCUUGGCCAGGUUGGUCUUGAACUCCUGACCUUGUGAUCCAUGUGCCUCAGCCUCCCAGAGUGCUAGGAUUACAGGCUUGAGCCACCACGCCCAGCCAGUUUCCCAGUUUCAUUAUAUCUCCUCUCUCACCUGGUUACACAUAGUCUUUUACCCAAACAGAAUGACUUACUAUGUUAUGAGUAUUGUUCAUUCCAUCUAACCUGGCUUGUUUUAUGACUAUUUGUGUCCUGUUUUAAUCUUCCUAUUUUGCUGUAAGUCUUUGAGCAUAAUAACUAUGUUUAUUCAUUUUGAUAUUCCCUAUCACAUCUAACACAGUGUCUUCCGUGUGCUUAUUCAAAUAAUGUGUUGAAGCACAGACUAGGGCCCAAAUAAAUAGUGUGCUUUUCAAAAACCUCCUUUUAAUCUUCAGUGAAAAUUUUUAUUAUCUAGGGCAAGUCUACACUCUUACACAAGAAAGUGUGGGAUCGAGAAUAGGAAAUAUCACUCUAAAUAAUCCUGCUUUCCCUAUUUCCUAGCCUUAUGGCAAAUUCUUUAAUCUUCUUAUAGUCCAGUUUUCUCAUUUAACAAAUGAAGCUAAUGAUGUCAACUCCAUAGAUUGUCCUAGGAAUUAAGUGAGAGUAUACAUGUAAUGUGCUUGGAAGAGUGCCUGGGACAUAGUAAGUGCUAUUAUUUUAUCAGUUUUAACUUUCAACCCUGGUAGAUCUGCUGCUAAUUUGAAAUAGCAAUCAUAUAACUAUGUAUGGAGCCUAAAACUUUCAACAUUUUCUAUCAGUACUAUUCACUAUCUUGAUCGUAGAAUUAGAGAAUUUUUGUUUACUUUGCCAGUUGAUAAGAUAACCAAAGUUCUUUUUUCUUUAAAUGCCACCAAAUCCACUAUAUGACUACCAAAAUUUGUAUAAAAUCUGAUAUAAACCAAAUAGACAUGAUAGAUGUUUAUUUGGUUUAUAAAAUGAUAAUUGCCUAUGUAGAAUAUUUUACUCCUUUAAACUGAAAUAUCCACUAUGGGUUUAAAAUAGAAUUACAUUUGUACAAAUUUAACUUACAUAAUGUUUUGGUUUUUUUGUUUGUUUGUUUGAUUUGUUUUGUUUUUCUGAGACAGAGUUUCACUUUUGUUGCCCAGGCUGGCAUGCAAUGGCGCGAUCUCAGCUCACCACAACCUCCACCUCCCAGGUCCAAGAGAUUCCUGCCUCAGUCUCCCGAGUAGCUGGGACUACAGGCACACGCCACCACACCCGGUUAAUUUUGUAUUUUUAGUAGAGAUGGAGUUUCUCCAUGUUGGUCAGGCUGGUUUCAAACUCCCAACCUCAGGUGAUCCGCCUGCCUCGGCCUCCCAAAGUGCUGGGAUUACAGGCCUGAGCCACCAUGCCUGGCCAACUUGUUUUUUUUUUUUUGGAGAGGGAGGCUCACUCUGUCACCCAGGCUGGAGUACAGUGGUGCAAUCUCUACUCACUGCAACCUCUGCCUUCCAGGUUCAAGCAAUUCUCCUGCCUCAGCCUCCUGAGUAGGGAUUACAGGCACCUGCCACAAUGCCCAGCUAAUUUUUGUAUUUUUGGUAGAGACCUGGUUUCGCCAUGUUGGCCAGGCUGGUCUUGAACUCCUGACCUCUUGGGCUGCACUUCUAGCUCCAUCAUCUUACCAGCUGGGGAAUAUUUUGGUCAAGUUACUUCAUUUCUCUAUGCCCAAAUUCAUGUUGAAAAUGGCGAUAAUUGUAGUACCUACCUCGUGGUAUUAUUGUGAGGAUUAAGUGAAUUAAUAUGAGCAAAGUCCUCAUAAGAAUGCCUGACACAUGGUAAGCCCUAUUAUUAUUUUUGUUACAUUAUGCAUAUUUAAAUGAUCUUAUAAAGCAGUUGCAAGGGCA